UUUUCUUUAAUUCUGGAGUGUGUACCGGGGGAAUAUGGUGUAAACUGUAAUGAGAGGUGUAGUAAACAUUGUUCAAUGACCAACAAAUGUAAUCCUGAAACCGGGCACUGCGAUGGCGGUUGUAAAUCGGGAUGGAAAGGACCAUUGUGUGAUGAAGGUCCUAGAGAAGAUGUGACCUACUGGCAAUCCAGAUUUUACGGAGUUCUUGCUGCUCUCUGCGUGUGCAUAUCUAUGUUUAUGAUGUUUAUAGUGGCUAUGUUUCUGCGACGACGAGGCACCAGUGGAAUAGACAGGGAGAAUAAAGCGAAAGACAAUAAGGAUGAACCAUGUAAUAUUAAUUUCACAGUGAAGGCCGAAGAAAUUAUUAAUAACGGAUAUCAAGGACUAGAGGACCAGACCGAAUCUUCUGCUUAUGAUUUUAUCAGAUAGUAUUAUUUUUUUAGAUAGGAUAAGUGUAUUGACAAUAACAUGUUGUGUGAAGAAAAUGAGUAAUAAUCAUGCUCUUAAGUCAAUUCAAACAUGGAAAUCGUGGACAGAGUGAUUUGUUUUUAAAUUCUGUUUUCUUUAUUUUAUAUUUUUUUCUUAAACAGAAGUAGAUCAUGUGCUAUUGAGGAAGCAUCCAAUGCCGGCCGCCCACACUUGGCAAUGCUAAUGAUCUCGAAACAAUGGGAAAAUCUAGAGAAUAAAAAUUGACUUGACAAUUUUUACGACAUGUAUUUCAAGACAGAAAUACAUGUCAAAUACAGAAUUACAUGUGAUUGGAUUAGUUAAAUUUCUUUUAAAUGCCUAGCUCCUUUCCAAGUAAAUUUAAGUAUAGUGUUUUAAAUAUGCAAUCAAGUAAAGUACGCCGUAGCAAAAAGUAAAUUUUGAUCAUAAAAUUGUCUUAUGCUACCUGUCAGUGAUCAAUAUGACGUGUUAAAAUGCGUUCAGUAAGAUAUUUACUCGAAUUAUUAAACAAGAAUGUGAAAGUACA